AUGAGGGUUCAAUGUUCAUUUACCACUUCAACUAUUAUUCUCUUUUCUGCGCUGAUUUUUCUAGCUUUCAUUCAUCGAGCGCAAGCAAGAGAUCGUAAACCCGUCAAUUGUUCUACUUCAUGUGGAGAAGUCCAAAACAUCAAAUACCCUUUUCGUCUAAAGGGCAAUCCAUCUGGCUGCGGGGAUCCUGACCAUGAAUUUUCUUGCGUGAACGGAAAAACCAUCUUAGAAAUUUUCCCGGGAAAAUACUACGUGCACAACAGUUCAUAUGAUGAUCAAAACCUCCGUUUGGUCGACGUCAACUUUGCCAACGGAUCCUGCAGCCUUCCGUCUGGAUCUGUCAAAACAGCGGACGGGAAAGUCAUGGAUUUUCGGUUCCGAGGAGCUGUGAUCUAUUAUGCCAGUCAUUUUCGAUUCGUCAAGUGCUCCAAAAACAUCAGCAGCCUGCCAACAGCUGCUAAUUAUACAAGGGUUCCAUGUUUGGCCGCAACAAACGGGAGCUAUUUCCAUGCUGUUUAUGUCCCCGAGUACUAUUAUCCCCCUCAAUGCUCGCUUGUUGCAGUGGCUCCGGUAGAUUAUCAUCCGGACAUGAAGUUCACUUCUUACAAAGCCGUCAUGAAACUAUUGCAGGCCGGGUUUGAUAUUGGAUGGUCGGUUAAGUGCAGGGACUGCUCUUUGGCUAAGGAAUGCGCAGUAAGUUCAUGGGUUAAGCCACUUACCUACGAAUGCUACACAGAGUGCAAAGAACCCACAGAACUUCAAAUAAUCUUAAUAUAUGUAGCAAUUGGUGUGGGAGAUGCUUUUGCGGUGUUUGUUGAUGCGUGUAAUUCAGAUACUUGGUCUAGUUCUUUAGUUAUUGGCCAUUGA